UAGAUGUCUGAUAUGUUUCACAGUCGACUGGUUUGAGAUAUGGCAUUUUAAAUUUGACGCUUUAUUGAAUUUCUGCACUGCCAUUGAUCAUAUAUGUAAUGCCGAAUGCGAUAAACUGAAAGUAUUUAUUAUACUGUGUUGCCUAAGUAGUAUUUUGGACACCUGUGAUACCUUGUAUUGGAUAAUGAAGAACUAUUGAAUAGCUUACUGGCUAAACUGUUUGAUAAGGUUGGCAUGUUUGAUCCUAAAAGGGAUGUAUAAAUUGAACCUCUUGUUUGUUUAUUGGAAUGAUUGGAAGAGAAUUAUGUAAAUGUUGCUGGUCAGAUUUUUUUCUAAGCUGUCUUUUAAGCAAGCAGUGAUUAUGCAGACAAGCUUUAGGUGGCUUGUUGGAUUAUUUCUAUAUGUUUUGAAAUAUUUAGCCUUUUAUACUCUUUUGAAGCUACUUUGACCCAAUUCUUCCUUUUUCUCGUACCCGUAUCAGAUACAUUUUAGACAGAGAUAUGGGGAGAUGACUCUCCAAGGACCCUCUAAAUACAUAGAAAAAAUCAGAAAAAAAUAGCAUAUGCCCAUGCUGGACGCAUACUCGUAUCUGACACUCACAUGCUAGUUCGACUAACAUAGUUUUUGUGGUACCCUAUUUUGUUGCAUAGCCUCAUUGGCAUACACAUCCAUCACAGUGGAGUUACUCUUUCUGUAUUCAAUGAGCUGCCUCUCGUGUUUAGAUUCCCAAAAGGCUGUUGGAAACUCUUGGUGCCUGGAGUACUGAUUGACUUAGAUUUUAUUGAUCCUCUUUUAGCUUAGUUUCACUAGCAAUCAAGUGUAAAUUUAGGGUUGGUUCAAUCGGUAGGUAGCUUUAGCAUCUUAUAUGGCCUAGCUUUGACUCUUUACUUUUCCUGAAUUACUUGUGUCCGACACUUAUCUAGACAUGGGUAUGGGGAUAUGAGCUUGAAGGAUCCUCUAAAUGCAUGGGGAAACUUAGAAAAAAAAUUAACAUGCCUGUGUCGGACACAUUUUUAUUGACACUCACACCCUAGUCCAAGUAGCAUAGUCUAACUUGACUUAUGCCCUCGUCCAAAUGAAUUGUGUAAUUGAUGUUUAAUGUGCUUAAGAUAAUGUAAGUAUUAAAGUUGAGCUAAACGAGAAUAAGAGAAAUAAAGCCGUGACAUCAUACUAGGUGUUCAUGCCUCGCAUAGUGCAUCACUGGCAUUGUGUUUCCUUCAAACUUUUCAAUGAUGUUUUGAAACGAGUCAUUUGGAGGGUUAUCAGAGAUUUGUAUGAACUGAUGACUUUCAUGAUUUGCAUCUGUUAUCUUUUCUAUUAGAAUGCUUUGAUAUUUUAGUUUUGUAUUAGCAUUUAGGAAAGCAACUUCAUUGUUGAUCUUGGGGAAGUUAUGGCAGCUUGAAUAUUGACCUUAUGGAGAUAUUUUGGCAUCUAAGGUCCUUUUAUUGAUAUGCUUGGUCAAUUACCGGCCACUUGAAUUUCAGCCUGUGGAGAUAGAUGGAGGUGUUGACAGAGAUAUUGACCUUGCAUCUUCUUAGCCAUGUCUUUCACCUUAAAAUUAGAAGUUUGAUGGAGGAAUAUAUGGGGUGGGAUCCUUAUCUUUGAGGGUCCUGAGUUUUAUAGUUUCAUUUUCAUUUCUUUAAUCCUAUUUAGGCCACCAUUUUCUUGCAUAUGGUUAAAGAUAUAUGUUGGCUCCACUAUGGGAGUGAAAGAUGAAGGGGCACCGCUGAAGGUAGUAAUGCUUGCUAUGCCUAUCAAUCGAAUAUAUGAUAUUAUUGUGUGACGCAUGCUGGUGAGUUAAAGCCUUUUAAGACAUGCUACAAGUUCCCUUCGAGCUUCACCCAUCUAUGUUACUUGGACUUGGGAAACAAUGCAGAACUGUGAGGCAACCUUAAAAUGCCUCCAGACAAAGGGGUUCCCGUACAACCUGCAAUGUAACAGGAAUUCAGUUGAAGGCAUUCCAGAGCUUAAACAUGAUUUCGGUACUCAUCCGGGCAGAGAUGUUGUAGAACCAGUUUGCUCUUUGAGUGGAGAGUUUAUGGAACUUCCGAAUGAAUUUUACCACAAACCUACACUCCACCAUGAAUGUGGCUCAUGGUCGACCUUCUAUCCUGAUUCUCAUAAGUUGCAGGCAUACCCGUUGAAUGCUUUUGGGGGCCAAGUUUACCACUUUCCUGUGGAUAACCGAUUUCAUUAUGCCCCAUUUAAUGUGAUCACUCAUGGAUACCCGUACGAAUUCCAGUUCCAAGAUUUUCAGUACUUUGUGGUCAUAGAUUUUGAGGCUACCUGUGACAAGGAGAGAAACCCACAUCCACAGGAGAUUAUCGAGUUUCCAUCUGUUAUUGUGAGUAGUGUUACUGGGCAGCUGGAAGCUUGUUUUCAGACAUACGUCCGACCAACUUGCAAUCAACUCCUGAGUGAUUUCUGCAAGGAUCUGACUGGCAUCCAACAAAUUCAGGUAGAUAGAGGUGUUACUUUGAGUGAAGCUCUUAUUAGGCAUGAUAAAUGGCUCGAGAAGAAGGGCAUAAAGAACACUAACUUUGCUGUGGUGACAUGGUCGAACUGGGAUUGUCGGGUUAUGCUGGAAUCUGAGUGCCGGUUCAAGAAGAUUCGUAAACCUCCUUACUUUAACCGAUGGAUUAACUUAAAAGUUCCCUUCCGUGAGGUUUACGGUGGCAUGAGAUGCAAUCUGAAGGAGGCAGUUGAGAUGGCCGGUCUAGCCUGGCAGGGCCGUGCCCAUUGCGGCCUCGAUGAUGCCAAAAACACUGCUCACUUACUUACCCUCAUGAUGCGCAAAGGUUUUAAAUUUGCGAUCACGAACUCACUGUUGUGGCAGGCUAGUGAUGGUCCAUUGAUUUGGAACCCGGUCCCCGAGAACAUGGCCUUCUUUCCACAUCACCCCCACAAGCCAAAGGAUCAGCAAAUGCCCCUAUUCCAUUACCACCCUUAUUGUUUCUGUGGGGUGAAGAGUAGCAAAGGAGUGGUUCGGGAGCCCGGACCGAAGCAAGGAAGUGUGUUCUUCGGUUGUGGAAACUGGACUGUCAACCGAGGUGCCCGCUGCCACUACUUCGAGUGGGCUUCGUCCUGAAACUGAAUUUGCAACAGCAUAUCCAUCUCUCAUGAUGGCAUCUUAAACCCUUAAUGUAAAAAAAAAAAAAAAAAGGUUAAAAAAAGAAGAAGAAAACGGUAGUGGGUUGUCUCCUCAUUGAAGCACACACUACUUGGUGAGGCUUCUGCAUCUUGAAAAACUUGUGUUCAUACUUGGCAUAGUUGCUCCGGAAGCGGGCAUGCACCGUAAACAUCAGUUGAUUUCCAAGGUACGAGAUCUUCAACCUAUAUAAUUCGGACUUGUUGAAUCGAGAACAAAUCAGGAAUAUGAGGAUUUGGGUAGUUAGGAUGAUGCAUUUACAAGUUUAAACGUGCUAAGUUUAUCAUAAUAAUAUUAACGAGAUAGGGAAAGCUUUGAUUUCCUAUGCAUUUCUAAUGGGGAAUCAGCAAUGUUUGCUUGCA